AUGACCAAUCAAUUACCAAACCAAAUUAAAUGCCUCCAAAUUAACUUAAACAACUGCAGAGCGGCAACAGCCCUCUCUGCCAGGUUCGCCCAAGAUAAUAACGUAGCUAUAAUUUUAAUUCAAGAUCCUUACCUAACCAAUAGCAAACUAUAUGGUUACCCAAACCAGUGGACCACACACCACUCCAAUAAUAAAGAGGCCUGGUUGGUCAUAACUAAAACAACAACAAUAAAUCUAAUACCAGCAACUGAAUCAGCAGCCUUCGCUAACAUAACUACCUCAUUAGGUAACAUCAUUAUCGGCUCGCAGUACGUCAGGCCACACGCAGAUCUCUCAACAGCACUAGAUGAGUGGAGCGGCCUAAUAUCGGACAAACCACUCAUACUAGGUGCAGAUCUGAAUGCCAGGUCAACUCAAUGGGGCAACACAACAACAGACAAUAGAGGAGAUCUUCUAAUAGACUUUAAUAUUGCCCAUGACCUGAUUAGACUUAACGUACAAACACCACUAACUACUUUUUAUACGCCACACGCGAAGGGUAAUCCCGACUUCACCAUAGGAAAUCGUGACGGCUCCAUAUUAGUCAACGACUGGACCGUCAACGAUACACAUACUGCGCGCGAUCAUAGAUAUAUCACGUUUAACCUUAGCCAAUCCUUAAUUGUUCCAACUUCAAACCGUCUAAAAACUAAUUUUGGCAACCAUCCUAAGUUUAUCAAAUUGAUACAGAGCGAGGCCUCAGGCCUUAUAGACAACUGCAAUAAAAUAGCAACAAUAACAGACCUAGACGAGCACACCAGGGCUCUAAUUAAAACAGUAACCGCAAUAGCAACUAAAACAUACAGAUACAGAAAGAUUAAACCCUCAACCUCGCCCACAUGGUGGACAAACAAACUUAAAUACGAAAGAAAUAGGUUAAAUGCACUAAAUAAAAGAUUACAAGCAAGCAAAGACCCUAUAAAAACCAAACUCAAUAAAGAAGAAUACAAUAAAGCAAAAGCUACAUACCGCAAACUAAUAACUAAAGCAAAAGAAACCUCCUGGAAGCAAUUCUGCAAUAAUCAUUCAGACUCUUAUGGUGCAGCUUAUAAACUGGGCCACGGUAAACUAUUCAAACCAACAGACCUUAACCUAAAAUUACCUAACAAUAAUAUUCCAAACAAACAGGAAGUCCUGGUGUAUCCAUCCAAAUUUCACUUCCCAGACAAAGACGAUACCAUCGCGGACCAACCACCUCUAUACACACAACACACAAACACUGAACUACACGCAGACACAAAGGAGGUGAGAGAUGCUCUCUUUGCCUUCCUUACAACUAAAGCACCAGGUCCAGACGGGCUAGACUUCAUGAUUUGGAGGCGCGUCUUCGAGGCCGACUCGAACAUUCUAACUAACUGGGUCAACAAAUUCUUAACUCUAAACCACUUUCCAAAUAACUUAAAAUCAGCUACCGUCGUGUACUUCGCCAAACCUGGCAAGGACACGACACAACCGGAUGCAUAUCGACCGAUCUGCCUUCUACCAACAUUAGGCAAAUUACUAGAGAAAAUAAUCAACCAACGACUAAUACACUUCUUAGAAAUAAACAAUAAACUCAGUGAUAAACAAUUCGGCUUCCGAGAAGGCAGAUCAACAGAGUCAGCACUUAAAAUAGUAAUCAACGAAGCAAAAACAGCAAAAAAGAACAAAAACUGUAAAAAUACUAAUUACAAAAUGCUAAUCUCGGUCGACAUUAAGGGCGCCUUCGACUCAAUACAUUGGGACCAAAUAAUAACAAGACUAAACGAUCUCAACUGCCCGAAGCAGCUAGUAAACUUAAUCAACAGCUACCUAACCAACAGAUCAAUUGAAUUCGACGGCGGUCUAGGACAAACUAAACUUAACACCUACAAGGGCUGCCCACAGGGGUCAUGCCUAGGCCCACUCCUGUGGUUAAUUAUCGCGGACAUUUUCCUGCAAGAUUUUAAUCAAAACAAUGUAAAGACAAUAGCUUUCGUAGAUGACUACGGUUUCAUCAUAUCAGGCAAUAAACGUAACGAAUUAGAAACUAACGCUAAUAUGGCCAUGAACACCUUUAAUGAUUUUUGUACUAAAUAUCACCUGAACCUCUCAAUAAAUAAAUGCAAUUUCAUGACCUUUAAAAAUCCAUUCAAACAAACACCACCAAUAGUAAAGAUAAAUAAUCAAUCUAUUAAACCAGUAACAUCAAUCAAAUACUUAGGGCCCCUGAGGGGGUUUACCUUCUUUAGGUAA